CAGCAGGAACUGGCUUGAUGUCAAAGAAAAACAAGAGUGAUCACGUGGACGUGAUGUUUGGCAGGACCAACAGAACUGAGAUCGUUAACUUGUCUUCGGAGAGCAGGCUUCAGAGGAAAUUUUCACAGAAGUCAAACAGUUUAAGCACAUUCUAGAGAUGUGGUAGAAACCAGAGGGGAAAAAAGUGAAUUAUUUUCUUCUAAAUAAGGAGACCAGUGGAUAAACUAAGCUUCCAGAUUCCUUGCUUCAAAUUUCUGAAAAGAAAGAAGUUCAAUAGAAGGUAAGACUAUGGACAAACUACAAGCAAAGAAAAAGCAGGUUUAAGGGCAAAAUGAGUAACAGAGAGAUGAGUGUGUGUCAGCAAACCUGGGCCUUACUAUGCAAGAACUUUCUUAAAAAAUGGAGAAUGAAAAGAGAGACUUUAAUAGAAUGGCUGAAUGCAUUGUUCCUGCUACUUUCUUUGUACUUAUACCCUGACAUUCAUCAAGUUAACGAUUUUUCUUCCCUGCCUCCCAUGGACCUGGGACGGGUAGAUUCAUUUAGCGCAUCUAAAUUUGCUAUUGCAUACACGCCUGUCACCAACACCACCCAACAGAUAAUGAAGAUAGUGGCCUCAGCCUCCUUCAUGAAAGAUAAAGAAGUCUGGGGACUAGCCAAUGAAGACAGUAUUAAAGAAUUAACAGCAAAUUAUCCCGAGGAAGUAGUAAGAGUCAUCUUUACUAAUACAUCCUCCUAUAAUUUGAAAUUCUUGCUGGGACACAGAAUUCCAAUAAGGAAGGAAUACAGGGACCAUACAGCUCAUUGUUAUGAAACGAAUGAAGAAAUUGACUGUGGAGUUUUGAAAUUCUGGAAGAAAGGUUUUGUGGCUCUUCAAGCUGCCAUUAAUGCUGCUAUUAUAGAAAUCACAACGAAUCACUCAGUGAUGGAGGAACUGAUGUCAGUUACUGGAAAAAAUAUGAAGAUAUAUCCCUUCAUUAGUCAAGGAGGAGUCUUGACGGAUUUCUUCAUUUUCUUCUGCAUUAUUUCCUUUUCCCCAUUCACUUACUACGCGUCUAUUAAUGUGACAAGAGAGAGGAAGAAGAUGGCGGGCUUGAUGAGGAUGAUGGGUCUUCGAAAUUCCGCAUUCUGGCUGUCCUGGGGUUUGCUCUAUGCUGCUUUCGUCUUCAUCGUGGCCCUUUUUUUGACACUGAUUGUGAAAUCUGCCCAGUUUGUCAUCCUGACUGGCUUCCUGACGGUCUUCGCCCUCUUUCUUCUGUAUGGAUUGUCCUUGAUAGCUUUGACUUUUCUGAUGAGUGUCUUGGUAAAGAAAUCUUUCCUCACCGGCCUGGUCAUGUUCCUUCUGACUGUCGUUUGGGGAAGUCUGGGAUUCAUGGCAUUGUACAGAUACCUUCCUGCUUCCUUGGAGUGGAUUUUAAGUUUUCUUAGCCCCUUUGCCUUCAUGCUUGGAAUGACCCAGCUUUUACACUUGGACUAUGAUCUGAAUUCGAAUGCAUUUCUCAAUCCAUCGGACAGCUCGAACCUAAUAAUAGCAACAAAUUUCAUGUUGGUUUUUGAUAUUUUCUUCUAUCUGGCACUGGCGAUUUAUUUCGAAAAAAUUUUGCCAAAUGAGUAUGGACAUCGAUAUUCACCCUUGUUUUUCCUGAAGUCUUCAUUUUGGUCAAGACAACGACGGGCUGAUCACAUGGCCCUUGAAGAUGAAAUAGAUUCCAGUCCUUCUUCUAAUGACACUUUUGAACCAAUGUCCCCAGAAUUCCACGGGAAAGAAGCCAUCAGAAUCAGAAAUGUUACAAAAGAAUAUAAAGGAAAGCCUGAUAAAAUAGAAGCUUUAAAAGAUCUGGUAUUUGACAUAUAUGAAGGCCAAAUCACUGCAAUACUUGGUCACAGUGGAGCUGGCAAAUCAACACUGUUAAACAUUCUUAGUGGGCUGUCUGUUCCUACCAAAGGUUCAGUCACCAUCUACAAUAAUAAGCUUUCAGAAAUGGUUGACCUAGAAAACAUCAGCAAGCUCACAGGAGUUUGUCCACAGUCCAAUGUGCAAUUUGACUUCCUCACCGUGAGAGAAAAUCUCUGGCUAUUUGCUAAAAUAAAAGGGAUUCAGCUGCAUAAAAUUGAUAAAGAGAUACAAAGAGUUUUGCUGGAAUUGGAAAUGAAAAAUAUUCAGGACGUCCUUGCUCAAAACUUAAGUGGCGGACAGAAAAGAAAACUAACCUUUGGAAUUGCCAUUUUAGGAGAUCCUCAGAUUUUCCUGUUGGAUGAACCAACUGCUGGAUUGGAUCCCUUCUCAAGGCACCAAGUAUGGAACCUCCUGAAAGAGCGGAAGGCAGACCGUGUGAUCCUCUUCAGCACCCAGUUCAUGGACGAGGCUGACAUCCUGGCUGAUAGGAAGGUGUUUCUCUCCAAAGGGAAGCUGAAGUGUGCGGGCUCUUCUCUGUUUCUAAAGAAGAAAUGGGGGAUUGGCUAUCACUUAAGUUUGCAGUUGAAUGCAAUGUGUGUUCAGGAAAUAAUAACAUCACUUGUGAAACAGCACAUCCCUGAAGCCAAAUUAUCAGCAGAAAGUGAAGGAAAGCUUGUCUAUACACUGCCCUUAGAAAGAACAAGUAAAUUUCCAGAACUUUAUGAGGAUCUUGAUAGACGUCCUGGCCUGGGAAUUGAGAAUUAUGGUGUUUCCAUGACAACCUUGAAUGAGGUGUUCCUGAAACUAGAAGGAAAAUCAACUAUUGACGAAUCAGGUAUUGCCAACUUCAGAGAAGCACAAGCAGAAGGAGCUGGAGACACAGAAAAGCUUGUUGAGAUGGAACAAUUUCUCUCUUCAGUUAAUGAGACAAAAAAGACCACAGGAGGCAUGGCUCUCUGGGGGCAGCAAAUCUGCACAAUCGCAAGGGUUCGCUUGCUAAAGUUAAAGCAUGAAAGGAAAGCUCUUUUGUCACUGCUGUUGAUUCUCGGAGUUGGAUUUUGUCCUCUUCUUUUGGAGUAUAUCUUCGUGAAAAUAUAUCAGAGCAGUUACACUUGGGAACUUUCUCCUCAUUUAUACUUCCUUGCUCCUGGACAACCACCACGUGAUCCUCUCACUCAGUUAUUAAUCAUCAAUAAAACAGGAGCAAGCAUUGAUGACUUUAUACACUCUGUGGAGAAUCAGAACAUAGCUUUGGAAGUAGAUAUGCUUGGAACUAGAAACGGCCUCGAUGACCCAUCCUAUAAUGGAGCUAUCAUAGUGUCUGGGAAUGAAAAGAGUUACAGCUUUUCAUUAGCAUGCAAUACCAAAAGAUUGAAUUGCUUCCCAGUUCUCAUGGAUAUUGUUAGUAACGGGCUACUUGGAAUGGUUAAACCGUCAGCACACAUCCAAACUGACAGAAGUACGUUUUGGGGGGAGGAACAGAAUAAUCCGCUGGAUUUCCUGGGCUACGCCCCGUUCUGGUUGACCUUGUCGUCCUGCUGUGCCCCUUACAUCGCCAUGAGCAGCAUUGACGAUUACAAGAACAAGGUUCGGUCCCAGCUGCGGACGUCGGGGCUCUUCCCUUCCGCGUACUGGUUUGGGCAGGCGCUGGUGGAUGUCCCAGUGUACUGCCUCAUCUUCCUGUUUAUGUACUUAAUGGACCACGGCUUAAACCUCCAAGACUCUAUAUUUAAAACGGUAGAUCAGAUCAUACAAAUCCCGUGUGCUAUUGGUUACGCCACGUCACUUAUCUUUUUGAUGUAUGUGAUUUCGUUCAUUUUUCGCAAGGGGAGAAAAAAUAGUGGCAUUUGGUCCUUUUGCUUCUACAUUGUCACCAUCUUGGCUGUGAUUGGAUUUCUGCUGGAUAACUCUGGGCACGGUGUUCUGUAUGCCGUCACCUUUUUAAUACCACCCGCCACAUUAAUUGGCUGUGAGUUCUUAUCUUUCCACCUUUUCACAUUUUAUAUCUCUGAGGAAGAACCAGGAAGUAUAGAGGCAUUCUUGGUAUUCUUAAUUCCUUUCCUUCAUUUUAUCAUCUUUCUUUUUAUUCUUCGAUGUCUGGAAUGGAAGUUUGGAAAGAGAUCAAUGAGAAAGGAUCCCUUCUUUAGAAUUUCACCAAGAAGCUGGGAUGCGUGUCCAAAUCCAGAAGAGCCAGAAGGGGAAGAUGAGGAUGUGCAGCUGGAAAGAGUGAGAACAGCAGUUGCUCUGAACUCCACAGACUUGGACGAGAAACCUGUCAUUAUCGCCAGCUGUCUACGCAAGGAAUAUGCAGGGAAGAGGAAACACUGCUUUGUCAAGAGGAAGAAGAAGACAGCCACAAGAAACAUCUCUUUCUGUGUUAGGAAAGGUGAGGUUUUAGGAUUAUUGGGACACAAUGGAGCUGGUAAAAGUACAUCCAUUAAAGUGAUAACUGGAGACACAAAACCAACUGCUGGACAGGUGCUACUGAAAGGGCGCGGCGGAGGGGACGCCCUGGGGUUCCUGGGCUACUGUCCCCAGGAGAACGCGCUGUGGCCCAGCCUGACGGUGCAGGAGCACCUGGAGGUGUUCGCCGCCGUGAAAGGGCUGAGGAAAGCAGAUGCCAUGGCCGCCGUCACACGGCUGGUGGAUGCGCUCAAGCUGCAGGAGCAGCUGAAGCUCCCCGUGAAGGCUUUAUCCGAGGGAGGAAAGCGAAAGCUGUGCUUCGCGCUGAGCCUCCUGGGAAACCCGUCGGUGGUGCUUCUGGACGAGCCGUCCACGGGGAUGGACCCCGAGGGGCAGCUGCAGAUGUGGCAGGCGAUCCGGGCCACCUUUAGAAACACGGAGAGGGGCGCCCUCCUGACCACCCAGUACAUGGCAGAGGCCGAGGCCAUCUGUGACCGCGUGGCCAUCAUGGUGUCCGGAAGGCUGAGGUGGGUGCCCGUCCCAGCCCACGCUUGGUCCCCAGGGGCGCAGCUGGAAGAGUCCGUGGACAGAGAGUGAUCGCUGUGAACAGCUGGGGCUACUGCAUCUGAGUCUAACCAGGGGGAUCCUGAGACGACCCCAGCAGCGAGUGCAAAG